AUGCACUGCAUCCCCAUCUUCUCCGUCCACAGCAAGGACGCCUACCUCAACUACUGCAAGAAAGUCCUGUGGCCGUCGUUCCACAACGUCACGGUUUUAGACCAGUCGUGCGCGUGCUGGCAGGACCCGUCGAACCCCUCGAGGACCUGGGACCAGGAGGCCGACGGCGCGGGCUGGGACGCCUACGAGGCGCUGAACCUGGACUUCCGGGACGCGCUCCUCGAGCGGCUCGACGAGGGCGACACGGUCUGGGUCCACGACUACCACCUCAUGCUGCUCCCGUCGCUCCUCGCGUCGUCGGCCAUGUUCAAGCAGGACGCCUUCACGAAGCGCAAGGCGCGCAUCGUCUUCUUCCUCCACAUCCCCUUCCCGACGUCCCAAUUGUUCUGCUCCAUCGCGCACGGGUCGCGGCUGCUCACCGGUUUGGUCGGCGCGGACGUCGUCGGCUUCCACGCCUUCGACCACGCGCGCCACUUCCUCAACGCCUGCAAGCGCCUCAUGGGCAUGCCCCACAAGUCCGUGCAGGGCGGCGUCACGGGCGUCGAGUACGAGGGGCGCACGGUCAUGGUCGUCGUGCGCCACGUCUCCGUCGAGCCGGGCAAGAUCCUCCGCGCGCUCGGGGGCGACGCGACGCUGCGGGAGAUCGAGGCGCUGGACCUCACGUUGCAGCCGCUCAUGGCGAAGAAGCCCAAGGUCGUGCUCGCGGGCGUCGAUAGUUGCCAGCGGCUGUCCGGCGUCGCGCUCAAGCUCCUCGCCUUCGAGCGGUUCCUCAGCGAGUACCCGCAGUGGCGCGGCCGCGUCGUGCUCGUCCAGUACGCGCUGUUGGACGGCACGCGCGUCGAGGACGAGGCGCGGACGUCGGGCGAGUUGCGGAAGCUCGCGGCGCGGAUCAACGGCCAGUGCGCGGGCGCGGUCGAGUACCGCGAGAUGCCGUCGUCGCGGCUGACGCUGCCCGUGCGGUUGGCGCUGUGGAACCGGGCCGACGCGCUCAUCGGCACGGCGAUCCGCGAGGGCCACAACCUCGCGCCCUUCGAGUACGCCUUGGUCCGCGAGAAGAACCCGGGCGUCACGUUGGCGUCGGAGUUCUCGGCGACGGCGUCGCUCAUGAGCGGCGCGCUGACGAUCAACCCCUUCGACCCGCCGUCCGUGGCGGCGGCCCUCGACGCGGCGCUCUCCAUGUCCGCGCAGGAGCGGCGCGACCGCCUCGAUCGGGAUUUGCCGUACGUGAAGUCGCGGCCCUCGGGCCAGUGGACGAAGGAGAUCCUCCACGACAUG